CUGCGCGUUUACAAACAAGAUGGUGUUUGUAAUGUGAACACAAAUGGGAAGCUAAAGGAAACGUAUCAGGCAGUUUUUAGGCGUUUUAUUCGUGCACAGUUUUGAUAUUGUUAGAAAAUGAAGUCGGACGUGGAGGAGUUAAUGCCGAGGCUGCUUCCGGUAGAGAGCGGAGCUGCUGCUCGUGAAGCUCUGGACUUUGGUGGGACACCGAGAAACCCCCAAGAGUACCUCAGACAGGUCCAGUUGGAGGCAUCAUUGUGUCCAGAGGUGGUGGUUGCUCAAAUCGAUCCCAAGAAACUGAAAAAGAAACAAACCGUUAAUGCAUCUGUUGCAGGAUGCCAUGCUGCACCUCUGGGUUUCUCCCCCAGCCUCAGGUGGCAACAGCUGCAAGUCAGCAACUUUUCUGAUGCUAGACAGAGCAUCACCAAGAAUAGGAAACACUGGAGUAGCCAGACUCUGGAUGACAAUGUACAGAUGCCAAUGGUAACAGAUGAGGAGGGCUGGAAAAGGUUUUGUUUAGGAGAGAAGAUUUACCAAGGCACCUCAUCUAGCCUUGAAGAUAAAGAUGAUGAGCCUGCAUUGGACUAUAGAAAGAUUGGUUUCCCUCCCUUCCUCAGCAUAGUAAGCAGACUAAACCAGUCCACAGUUCUCAUGUUGUUGGAGAUUCUGAUAAGCUGGUUUGAAGAGCGAGAAUUUGUUCCGCAGUUGGGCUGUUGGUUGUAUGCUUUGUUGGUCUGCUUGGAGAAGCCUUUACUGCCUGAAGCCCACUCUUCCAUCCGACAGCUGGCCAGGAGAUGCGCCCAGCUCCGCAGCACACUGGACAGUCAGGAGGAUGAAAAGCUGCCCGCUCUCAACCUACUCAUCUGCCUUGUUGCCAGGUACUUUGAACAAACUGAUCUGGCAGACCAGCAAGAAUGAACGGGAAGCUGAACUGUUCACUGUCUCAAACGGCUGUGCUGUUGUACAGCUCAUGGCAAAAGAGGCUUCUAGCUCAGUGCAUGCACAUGUGGCUGAACAUCUGGAAGAAAACAGAGCGAGCCCAAACCGACUCAACCAGGAGCAAGACUUUUGUAUUUGUAAGAGUUUUUAUUUUAGUAGCAAUUUGCUGAUAGA